AUGAGUAGCGAUGAAGGAGAAUCCUUCGCCACGGAGCAAACCACUCAACAAGUUUUCCAGAAACUAGGUAACAACAUGGAAAAUCGAGUUUGCUUUGAUUGUGGGAACAAGAAUCCCACCUGGACAUCAGUCCCCUUUGGUGUAAUGCUGUGUAUCCAAUGCUCUGCCGUGCAUAGAAAUAUGGGUGUUCAUAUAACUUUUGUAAAGUCUUCUACGUUGGACAAAUGGACAAUUAAUAAUCUGAGAAGAUUCAAGCUAGGUGGGAACCAUAAGGCUCGUGACUUCUUUUUAAAGAACAACGGGAAACAGCUAUUGAACACUGCAAAUAUUGACGCCAAGACAAAAUACACGAGCCCUGUGGCCAAAAAAUAUAAGCUGCACCUGGACAAAAAGGUCCAAAAGGAUAUGGAAUUGUACCCAUCGGCUUUGGUCUUGAAUGGCCAAGACGAUACGGAUUCUCCAUUGGACACCGAUUCCGAUGCCUCUAGAUCGAAUUCUAAAGAAAACAGCGUUGAUGACUUUUUCUCCAAUUGGCAAAAACCAAACUCAAAUUCCAAUUCUAGUUCUAAGAUUAAUGUAAGUUCAGGUUCACUAGCCUCCAAUAAUACCCCAAAGACUACAGCGACCAAGGCAAGAAGCUCGAUCUUAACAGCAAGCAGAAAAAAGCCGGUAUUGAACUCUUCGGACAAAAAAAAACACUCGAUUUUAUCAUCAGCAAGAAAGCCCACAAGAUUAACUGCUAAGAAAGUGGACAAAUCGCAAGCUGAUGAUUUGUUCGACCAGUUCGAAAAAGACGCUCAACAAGAAAAGGAUGAUGAAUUCACCAAUACAUCUUCUAACGCCAAGGUUAGACAAAAUGAUUACGAUUCCCAAUUCAUCAAUAGCGGCAGCAAAAGCAACAAUAAUGACAGUAUAGAUGAUAUGAAUACACAGCCUGAUGAAUUUAGUGACUUCUUGAAUGAUGCUCCAAGCAACUCUGAUACAAAUAGAAACCAGCAUCAAGAUACUCUAACACCGAAGUUUGCUAAAUUAGGAUUUGGUAUGACCAUGAAUGACGCUAACGAUUUAGCCAAACAGCAAAAGGAAUCUCAAAAAGUAGCCCAGGGUCCAAGAUAUACAGGAAGAAUUGCUGAAAGAUACGGCACACAAAAGGCUAUAUCUUCCGAUCAGCUUUUUGGUCGUGGUUCAUUUGAUGAGGUGGUCAACAAGGAAGCACAUGAUAAGUUAAAGACGUUUGAUAAUGCCACAUCGAUCUCAUCAUCCUCGUAUUUUGGCGAAGAAGUAGACGAAUAUGGUAACCCGAUCAAUGGUGAUGUGGGCGGGAUGGGAUCCAGUUCAUUAGAUGGUCGCAAUACCAACGGUAAUGGAUUCAUUGAUUUCAAUGCUACUACAGAUGAUGAAUUACAAAUGUUAAAAGACGUUGUUGAACAAGGUGCGGAAAAAUUAGGAAGUUAUCUGAGAGACUACCUAAGAAAGUGA